GUAUGAGGAGAACCUGAAAAGCCUCCUUCAAUCCCUCAAAGCCAAUGCCUCCAUCUCGAGGGGUUUCAACUCCACCACCUCGGGCACGAGCCCUGACCAAGUCUAUGUCCUUGCCCAGUGCAGGGCUGACACCACCACCGCCGAGUGCAGAGAUUGCAUGAACAGGACCACAACCGACGCCCUGCAGUUACGUCCAACCAGGAAAGAGGCGAUCGUUUGGGACGAUCAGUGCAUCCUUCGCUACUCUGAUUCCAAUUUCAUCGGAUCAAUAAACACGAAUCGAUUAUACCUUCCGAAUGUAAACAAUGCCUCUGAUCGAGACUCCUUUAACCUGGAACUUGGUGGUCUGAUGAGGAACCUGACAUCGAGAGCUGUCUCUGACCCGCUACUCCUCUAUGCAUCCGGGAAGACUGUGUACGAUAAUUUUGUAACGAUUUAUGGGCUGUUGCAGUGCACGAGGGAUCUCGAUGAUGCAGAGUGUAGGAACUGCCUUGAAAGCUUGAUUGCCGACAUCCCCAGCUGCUGCAAUGGUCAUGUCAUGUCGGAGCUCAAGUUUUGAGCGGGAGUUGAGUUGUAUACUGCGGUAUGAAACAUAUUCAUUCUUCACACCCGCCCCUCCACCGCCACCACAGCCAAUGCCAAAC